AUUCAAUAAAUAGAAUUUAAAUACAAAUUUAAUGUUAUUGUGUACAAAAAUAUAAUACAAACAGUGAAAUAAAUAUAAAAUGAUAUCCUCAGAGUUCUUUUUUGAAGAUGCCGAAGAUGAAACCAACGAGGACAUGAUUAUGGUUGCCAGAAAUAGAAGGCUAAUAAGGGAUUCUUCCAAUCCUCUGGAGCUUCCAAAUAAUUUAUUUUUGAAACACUUCCGAUUAUCAAAAUCAGCAUUUGUUCAGUUGUUGGCGGACAUCGAAGAUCGACUCAAGCCAACCAAAAGAUGUACGGCAAUACCGAACGUAGUUAAACUGGCAGCUACAUUAAGAUUCUGUGCCCAUGGAUCAUACCAAUUUAGCGUUGGGAAUGAGAACUGUCUCGGCCUUGCACAGUCCACUGUGUCCCUUGUACUUAAGGAAGUACUUAAUGUCAUGGAAAAUCAAAUUUGUCCAAAAUGGAUAAAAUUUAAUUACUCUGAAGUAGAAAAAAGUCGUGCCAAAUUAUACUUUUUCGAAAGAAGCCAUAUACCAGGUGUAAUAGGUUGCGUUGAUGGUACGCAUAUCAAAAUUGCGUCUCCAAAAAAGGAGUUACAGCAUGCGUACUACAACCGCAAAGGAUUUUAUAGCAUAAAUGCGAUGAUCGUUUGUGACGAUACAAUGAAAAUACGAUUCAUAAAUGCAAAACAUCCUGGGUCAACACACUAUUCAAACGUUUUUAACAUGUCCAGUUUGAGGACACUUUUAGAAAGAGAAUAUCAAAGAGGGCAAACAAACACUUGGCUGCUUGGUGACGCAGGAUAUCCUUUGAAGCCAUAUUUAAUGACCCCAUUUCGAAAUACUGAGUCAGGUUCGUUAGAAAGCGCAUUUAACAAAAAACAUGCACAGGGAAGAAACAUAAUAGAACGUACAAUUGGUGUGCUGAAAAAUAGAUUCAGAUGUUUGCUGAGGGCAAGACAGUUGUAUUAUUCUCCAAUGAAAGCAACACAGAUUACGAACGAUUCGCUAGCCAAAGUAGAGACCAGCCCAAGUAAGGAGCCGCUAACUGAGAUAGAGUCCAGCGAAACUAAGAAGACACCUGAAGAAAAAACAACGCCCGAGGGAAAAGUAAAAACACCUGAGGGAGAAGAACAAACAUCGCACGAGGUGCUUACUCUCAUGCGUCGCCAAAAGGCACUAAUGAACUCAUUAUCCCGGCUCAUUAACGGUCGAGUUAAGGAAGAAGUUCCCAUUCAAUGCCUGGAGGCAAUGAAUAAACUCUGGAGCCAAAUUGAAGAACUACAUUAUUCAAUUUGGGAGAAGUGCGAAAACCCACUUACAGAGGGUUACGACAUGAGCUCUUAUUCAGAGUUUGAAAUAAAAAUUCUGAAGAACCGAUCGUCACUAAAAGGACCUACCAAUAAUACAAGGAAUGAUCUUCUGUCAGUGCAGCUCCCAAAGAUGACAAUCCCGAAGUUUGAUGGCGAUUAUCUAAAAUGGCAGACGUUUUUCUGA